ACUCGGAGCGCGCGCACUGAGACGAGUCCUGACGCGCGCACGUGGGAAGCGAGACUCCCGGAUCGGCGAAGCGGCGCGCGUGCGUGCGUGUGUGUUUGGCUAUUUACUGUCUGGAUCCGCACACGGAAUUCUGUGGUGUGUUGCACUGCUGUGUUUUGUUGUGUUGUAUUUGUGUUUGUGCGUGUGUGUGUGUGUGUAUGAGUGUGUGGAAAAGACAAGAGAUGGGCGGACAGAAAGUCUCGCGCAGCAGAGUGAGAUUCCUACCGGAUAUAAAGUACAUUGGGAAAUAACGGAGCCUCUCACGGGAAACACAGGAUUAUUCUCAGUGCGGAGCUUUACACCAGCAAGUGCACGCGCACAUAGUGGGUAUUUUUGGCCUUUCGUGAUUUUUGGUUUGAAUGAUCUCUGUCAGUGUGUGGGAUUUAAACCGGAAUGCAAAAGCGCGAGGAUCAAAACGAAUAAUCGGUAUGAGGAAGUAAAACAGCGGCGCGCCUGUUAACAUGGAGCUGCGGAGGCUUUACUGUCUCAUCCUCAACACACCGUUACUGCUGUACGGAGAGGCUGCCUUUACAGAAGUGCCCACAGAUGUGAGUGUGUGUGAGGGUGAGGACGUGGAGAUGCCGUGUGCUUUUCGUGCCGUUGGCGUGUCUCCAUUUGCUCUAGAGAUUCAGUGGUGGUACCUAAAGGAGGUGACUCCACGGGAUACACAUGACACACACCGAGCCAAGGUUGCUGCAAAAGACGCUACUAAGAUCAGUACGGUACGUGUGCAGGGAAAUGCCAUUACCCACAAGCUCAGCCUGUCGCAGGUGAGGAAGGAGGAUGAGGGUGUGUAUGAGUGUCGCGUGUCAGAUUUAUACUCGGAUGACACGCAGGACUUUAAAGUGCAGGCGACUCUUCGUGUAACCCCACGGGACAGCAUGCUUGCUGAGGAGGCUGUGUCUCAUAUCCAAAACCGCUGGACAUUAAAGAGUGCAGCACGAGCCACUAACGAACCGGAUCAGGGAAAAAACCAUGCAGUUCCUCCAUCAUCAUCGCUAUCAACCAUUACCACAGCCUCACCACACACAGCUAAUGCCUCCAACAGACAGCAGCACGAGACGGGUUCCGUUGCCAUGGUGACUGUGGAGCCGCUGAUGGGCAUCAUGCUGCUGAUCUUUUACACGUUCUUCUGAAUGAAAAUGACAUCAAACAAAAAACAAAUGGCAAUCCUUUAUCUAAUAAACACCAGGACAUCAAGAAACACACAAACACACAAAUAACUCAGAGCAGUUUACUGCUUUAGCACGCUAACCAUUAAAGAAAAGAGAUACUAAAAAUUUACUUUUCAGGAUUUAACUAGUUUGAUGAUAAUUGGACCAUAUGAGACGCAUGGAAAAAAAACCCACACAUGCGAGUCUAGGUGAAAUAGCACUCACAUCCAUGUCAAACAAAAACACAAACACUCAGAAUGAAUGCACCUCACACAUUAUUAAAUAAAUGAAUCCCCCUUAUAUUGUAAUUUAGAGUAUUUUUAUUGCCUUUUUUAUUUAUUGUUUUAUGAAUUACUUUUUGCUUAGUACAAUUCUACAAAGUGUUUCAAUGUUUAAUUUUUGCAUGAGCUGUUGAUCAGUUUCUCAUGGGUUCAUUCCUGUGUGUGUGUGUGUGUGUGUGUGUGUGUGUGUGUGUGUGUGUGUGAGUCUGUCUAUCUGUCUGAAUGCGUGUCUGUAAUUCUUUGUAUUUGUGUGUAUAUUUAAGUGUGUGUGUGUGUGUGCGCAUGCGUGCAAGCGUGCGUGUGUUUGUGUGUUUACCAGGUUUUAUUUUCACUCUGUAUAAAUUGUGCUAUUUUUUUAAAUAAUUAAAUGCACAUGUUCAUCGUU